UAAACCCUAGAUUUCUCGUCUCCUUCUCUUCAUUCAUUCAUCUUCUUCCUUCCUCCGCCUUUGAGCUAAAGAGGAGAGAUCGACACUCAAAGGAAUCGAGAUGGCCGGUGAAUCAGAUGCAUCGACCAUCGCUACUCUCUCGUGUGCUCGUUGCGACAAGCCAGCGCUUCUUCAGUGUCCGAAAUGCAUGGAACUGAAGCUUCCUCGUGAAGGAGCUUCUUUCUGUACUCAAGACUGUUUCAAAGCAGCGUGGAGCUCACACAAAUCAGCUCAUGUGAAAGCUCAGCUCUCUUCAAUUGCUAAUUCCCUUCCCGGUGAUCAGAACUCUGAUUUAGUUUCUCAAGGUUGGCUCUACUGUGUCAGGAGAGGGCAGGGUAGAACGCAUAAGCUUCCACAUUUCGAUUGGACAGGUCCACUAAAGCAAUAUCUCAUAUCUCCCAAGCGUAUUGUGCCUGCUGAGAUUGAAAAACCUGACUGGGCUAUUGAUGGCACUCCGAAAAUUGAACCAAAUAGCGAGCUACAGCAUACUGUUGAGAUUAAAACGCCGGAGCAAAUUCAGAGAAUGCGCGAGACCUGUAAAAUUGCCAGGGAGGUAUUGGAUGCAGCCGCUAGGGUGAUUCGCCCUGGUGUGACAACUGAUGAGAUUGAUCGAGUGGUUCAUGAAGCAACAAUCGCAGCAGGAGGAUACCCGUCACCCCUCAACUACUACUUCUUUCCAAAAUCUUGCUGCACAUCUGUUAAUGAAGUGAUUUGUCAUGGAAUUCCGGAUGCUAGGAAACUAGAAGAUGGAGAUAUAGUGAAUGUUGAUGUAACAGUCUGUUAUAAAGGUUGCCAUGGUGACCUUAACGAGACAUACUUUGUUGGAAAUGUUGACGAAGCAUCACGUCAACUGGUUAAGUGCACAUAUGAGUGCCUUGAGAAAGCCAUAGCAAUUGUUAAACCUGGAGUUAGAUUCCGUGAAAUAGGAGAGAUAGUCAACCGUCAUGCUACGAUGUCUGGGUUAUCAGUGGUGAGAUCCUAUUGUGGUCAUGGAAUUGGGGAUCUUUUCCAUUGCGCUCCUAACAUUCCACACUAUGCAAGAAACAAAGCAGUUGGAGUGAUGAAAGCAGGUCAGACUUUCACAAUCGAGCCAAUGAUCAACGCAGGGUCGUGGCGGGAUCGAACAUGGCCUGAUGGAUGGACCGCAGUUACUGCAGAUGGGAAACGCAGUGCUCAGUUUGAGCAUACCCUCUUGGUAACGGAGACAGGUGUUGAGGUUUUAACGGCGAGGCUUCCUUCAUCACCAGACGUAUUCCCUUGGCUUAAGAAGUGAUUUUAAGUGUGCGGUUUGGUUCAUAAACUUUGGGAUAAUAGCGUUUCUACCUUUUUCCCCAUUGAAGACCAUUUUGUUGUUGUCACCCUUUUUGUUUAUGUAACUUUAAGCAGAAACAAUCUGCGCUAGUGUUUUGAUUGAAAUGUAAGGAACCUACCGAUAUUUAUCUAUACUGAAUUGAAUGACAAUUUUCAGA